AAAAAACAAAAGAGAAUUUAAGAGAACAACGAACGAACUGAAAAACAAAAAUCGCAUCUCAAUAAAUUGUAAAAUUUAAAGUUGAUUCAUAUUUUUUCUGCAGAUAAUUAAUUACAUCAAUAAAACAGGGGCCAGAUGACGUUUGGAAUUGAAUCAGCUGACUGGAAUAUUUGUGUUGACAAAAGCAAUGGCAACAACACUUUCAGUAACAUGACACUGAAUAGAAAACGGUCGAGAGAUGAGGAGUCUUGUGAAUUCAUGCCGCUGUCAAAGAGGAUUAAUAAUCUCCACAUCAACAAUAACCUAGCUAGCACAAGCUCUAAUGCUGCACAGCCAUCUAGUCAACAAAAUGGGAUGUCCGAUGAAGCAUCGACGGACACCACAAGGCAGCCAGAUUAUGAUCCUGGUGUCAACUCCUCACAAAGCCCCUACUACUUUGAUAACAAACUGUUGUUCCAACUUCACUUAGAGAGAAUACAAAGAACGGGACAACAGUUCCCAUUUUGAUGUGUUUAAUGUUAGAAAUAUUUUAACAUAAGUUUUUCUGUAUUUAUUCAUUGGUAAUGUAUGUACUUUAGUUUGUAACUAUGUUAACUAAUAAAGUAAUGAAAUUUC